AUGACUAGCAAAACUGGCUUGAGGCUCCGGGUUGACGACAGAGGGCAAUUACCGGGAGUACCGGUAUUCGUCAAGCAACAAGCAAGCGCGGAUAUGCAAGGAACAACCAUCGAUCCCCAAUGCCACAUGCGGUGGCUGACUGGGCCACCCAACGUCACAAACGAUCAUGCAACAAAGAGCGCGCGAACACAAGUUAUUGGCUUGCCACCUACGCCAGUGAGGCCACCCCAAAAGCCUGGAAGAAACGGACAGCAUCCUCCCAACGUGACAUAA